AUCAUCAUCUUCAUAAACAUUUAUUUUAAUCUGCUUUCAAUUUUUAAUUUCAAUUCUGCUUUCAGGACAGAUUCCCAUUUCCAAGAGGAUAAUCUGAUAAACACAAUUGUAGCCCUACUUGCUGCUGGGACUGAAACAACAGGUGCCACACUCUGCUGGGGGCUGCUGCUGAUGGCUAAAUAUCCCCACAUCCGAAGCUUAGUGAGCUUUAGUGAAGUAAAUGAAGAGUGGAAACCAGCAGAUCCAGUUUCUGGAUCCAGGGAACCUUAUUUUUGCUUGUUAUUGCUUCUCUUCUCUCAAAGGUCCCCUGUCUUUCCUCUGCUGACCUCAGUGCUCCAGGAUGAGACCCAGUGGGAGACGCCUCAUCAGUUCAACCCUGCUCACUUCCUGGACCCUGAGGGCCAGUUUGUGAAGAAGGACGCCUUCAUGGCUUUUUCUGCAGGACGCAGGGCUUGUCUCGGAGAGAGCCUGGCCAGGAUGGAGCUGUUCCUGUUCUUCACCUCGCUGUUGCAGAAGUUCACCUUCUCUCCCACUCCAGGAGUGUGGGAGUCUGAACAGGUUUGCCUAUAUCCAGUUUUCUUUUCCAAACUGUGGUAACUGAGCUUCUAGUUUCUGGACAGUUUCUACGUCCAGACUCUGGUAACUGAUUCUCUUGAUUCUGCCUGUGUCCAGUCCUAUUUAUCCAGACUGUGGUAUAGGAGCCUGUUGUGUCUGGAAAGCCAGGUUUGCCUGUGUCCAGUUUCUCUGUCCAGACUGCGGUAACUGAGCUUGGCGUUUCUGGACAGUCAGGUCUGCCUGUGUCCAGUUUC